UCAUCCACUCAUGGCUCACCGUUCCUCUCAUCCAUUUCCAAAUCUGUCUUCGGCUCGCUCCGCCGCUCGCCGUCAUGCUGCUCGGCGCUCCCCAACUCGCUCUCCUCGCUUCCUCCUCUUAUCUUCCUGCGGGAGGCGCUGGUGGUGGCAGAUUCCGGUUUCCCGGCUCCUACUUGAAGCUGACGAAGGGGGAGCGUCGUAGAGGACCCGUACUCGCCGCCGCCGAGGGCAGCCAAGCUAUUACUGGUGUCUUUUUCCAGCCGUUCGAGGAGCUCAAGAAAAUCGAGGCGUCGCUCGUCCCCAUCGCCCUCGAUCAGUCCCUCGCUCGCCAGAAAUACACCGAUGACUGCGAGGCGGCCAUUAAUGUUCAGAUCAACGUGGAGUACAAUGUGUCCUAUGUCUACCAUGCUCUGUUUGCUUACUUCGAUCGAGAUAACGUUGCACUAAAAGGCCUGGCAAAAUUCUUCAAGGAAUCAAGCGAUGAGGAAAGGGACCAUGCUGAGAAAUUUAUUAAGUAUCAGAACAAACGAGGAGGAAGGGCUAAGCUUUUGCCCAUAGUUACACCUCUGACUGAAUUUGAUCAUGUGGAGAAGGGUGAUGCUUUGUAUGCCAUGGAAUUGGCUUUGGCUCUCGAGAAGCUGACAAAUGAGAAACUACUUCAGCUGCACACUAUAGCUCAGAAUUCCAAUGAUCCCCAACUGACAGAAUUCAUCGAGAGUGAGUUUCUGGAAGAACAGGUGGAAACAAUUAAAAAUGUCUCUGAAUAUGUUGCUCAGUUGAGGAGAGUUGGAAAAGGGCAUGGAGUUUGGCACUUCGACCAGAUGCUUCUCCAUGAAGGAGAUGCAGCCUGAGCUUUACUAGGAAUGCUCAUAUCCUCCGUAUCUAGUUCUAGAUCGUUGUUGUCUGAACCUUGUGAUGGUCGUCUUACUUUGAUUCUCUUUUGCAUGCAGUCAUGUGAAUAAAAACUCAAUAGAAAUCAAAGAGCGAGUCGUGUACUCGUCGUAGUGUAAUUUCCUUGAAGCGCACUGUCUAGUUUUGGCGUGUAGAGUCCUAUGAAAUUUGUGGUUCAGGUCACUGAAGAUUUGCAAUUUGCAAUUUAGCCCCAUAAAAUUUUUUAUCAAUCAUCAAAAUAAAUUGAGAAAUACAAAUGAAUUCUGAAAUUAUUCGAACUGCAGAUCCCCUGGGAAAUGAAAACUGCUUUGGAAAGUGAUUUGGAGUUGGCUGCAGCUUAAAAUGAAUUGACCCGGAACGUUUAAUUUCGGGUAAACUGAACUCGGUUCAAUGGUUCAUGGCCAAUUUCAGACUGGAACCGGAUCGAGUAAUCGUCCGGUGAUCCGAUUAUGAAUCUGAACUGGUUCUGAUUCAGAUCUGACCCAGGAUCGGAUCUACUUUCUACUCCAUUUACCCUGAAUUUUUCUUUAAUUUUAUAAUCUGGUAGUGGUAAAAAAAUCUCAAUCAUUUCUAGGAGGGUAAAUAAACCUUAGCUAGUCAAUUUAAGUUAAUGUAUAAUUUAAUAAAACUUUAUUUAUGCUAGUUUAAUAUUUACAAACUUAAUUAAAUAAAAUUGAAAUAUAUAUUUUAUUUUGUUAAUAUUCAUCAAUAAAAUUUAUAAAUUAUUAAUAAAGAAUAUUUAUAACAAAUGUUCACAAACAUGUCGAUCCAUAAAAUUCUUAUCAAAUUUAUAAAUAAAAAAACAAUGAUGACUGAAUAAUUAAAUAAUUUAAAUAAUAAAUUAAAAUAAAAGAGUUUAAUAACAUUUAAACAAAUCAAAUUAAAAUCAAGCUCAAAUUAAUUAAAAAAACAAGUUUACGAUUUGGUUAAUUUUAACUUCUUCAACAACAAACCUUAUUUGAAUUUGUGCGUACAUCCCUAGUACUUUAAAUAAGAAAAGAAAUUGAUAUAAAAAUGUAAUGAUAGAAGAAAUAAUUAAAUGAAUCAAUCCGAUCAAAACUUAGUCAAAUUUUCAUCACACAGUCAAAUAAUUUUAAUAAUAUCUAAAAUUAUAAAGUUAUUUAGAUCAUUAGUUUAGAAUUUUUAUUUUUUUAGAAAGAUAUUAAAGGUUUAUUAGAAUAAUUAAAAGGCUGUUUAACUUUCCGGAUUGUAUUUGAUUCUCCACUGUAUUGGUUCACUCGACCUUGCCUAAAGAGACUAAGAAAAGAGGGUGUUGGUUACUGAGCGCAAAAGAUGGACGACUACGCGAGGGAGAUGAUGGACCUCAAGACCCUCGUCGCCUGCACCCUAGAGAAUAAAGGCGGCUUCGCCAAAAUUAGGGCCUAGCUCAGAGCAAGUGUAUUUGAGGCCAUAGAAGAAGAUAAAAUUCUUGUAAAUGAGGAUGAUGUUCCUCCUGCACUUUUAGGAAGCUGCAACAAUCAGGCAAAGCAACUGCAUGUCUUUCCUUCAGGAAGGUUAUUAACAACAUUAGUCUCUGAAUACUUGGAAUGGCCCAGUUAGAUCAUACUCUCAAAGUCUAUUUGCCUGAGUGUAAUUUGGUAAGUGCAUGAACUUUCCUGUUUGUAUGUUGUGCUUUAUUGUGAUUUAGAUUAUGAAACAACUGAAUUAUAGAUUUCUUGUUGAUGCUUGAGUUGAAGGAGAAGUACCAGAAUGAACAGAAAUGGUGAGAGUGGUUCGCUGCUAUUAGAUUUUCUCUAAGGAUAUCUAAAAUAUGAGGUUUGGUGGCUUGAUUCCCCCAUGUGGUCAACUUUCUUUUGUUUUGUUCCAAGUCUGGAAAAAAAAAUACAAUUUACUAUAUGUUUGGAAAAAUAGUAAUUGUAGAAUCAUCUUCCUUGUUGCUAUUUACCAUCUGCGGUUUUAGAAGCUAAUUUCUCAAGCACAAAAAGAAGCACAGAUUACAAAUUUCUGAAAACUUGGUAUUAUGAACUUAUCACACUGGUAAUGUUUCAUUUUGUAUUUAUGCUCGAGUGAUCAAAAAGUUAAUUGAUAUAACAUAAUGGUUCUAAAAUCACUAUAAAUGUUACUCUUUGAUUUAGUCACUAUACUGCAGUUCCAACAUCUUAAACAAUUAACAUUUAUCUUUCCUAUGUAUCACUGGCAUGUAAAACCCAACAUAUUUCCUUGGUGGAAAGAUUAAAUUUCAACCACUGUUUAUUUGAGAUGGAUGGCUUGAUAUUGGAAUUGAUAACUAUGUUACUCGGGCAAGUCUUGAUCUACGUGUCUAUCAUGGUUAAAAAUUUUAAAUGUUAUCAAUAUGGAUCACAAGUCUACUUGCAGUGUCUGUGGUAUAUAGGCUGUAGAUGAAGAAUCCAUGUUUUGAGAUUAGAAAUAUGCUGCUUACAUUCGUUAGAUGUGUUUACUUGACUCUUGACCUAUUGUUUCACAGAAUUUGAUUCAAAAUAGAAUGGCUGGUGGGUGAUUUAUUGAUUCACAAAAUGAUUCAGUAUCUAAUACAGAAGUCAGGAAUGCCCGAAAGCCAUUGUCAUCUGCUGCUCCUGGAGGAUUACAUUCAUUGAGCAGGCUGGUCCCUCGUAACCUAUCAUCAGAUCGAAAGUCAAGUUUCUCAAUUCCCAUAUCUAGGAAAAAUGAUUACAUGUGGAAAUCUGAUGAUGAUGACGUAUCAGAUGCUUUAGAAAACAUUCAGCUUGACAGAAAAGCUCGAAAUUUGACCUCAUCUUGGAGGCAUUCAACUGAUGGUAUUAUAGACAAUAAUGGCACUGCUGAUCAUCGCUAACCCAAUUAACAUUCCGUCUUGAUGUGUUUGUAGCUUGUUUCAUCCUCAAGCAUACAACGUUAAUGUGUAAAAUGCUGCCCAUAUUUUCUAUUUAGAAGUUUAUUUUAUUUA